CCUCAGGUGAUGCUGCGGAAUGACGUUGGGCGGGGUGUGGCUACGCAGUGCGGCUCAGUCUCCCUAACACACCGAAGCAAGCGCCGUCAUGUCCGAGAACAAUAAUGGCGAGGAGCCCGCCUUGCACGGUUCCUGGGUAGAACUGCAAAUGAACAGCAACGGGAACAAUGUAGACAGCAACAGGAAUGGGGGCCUGGAACAUGUGCCGUCCUCCUCCUCCAUCCACAACGGAGACAUGGAGAAGAUCUUGUUGGACGCACAGCAUGAAUCCGAACAGAGCAGUUCCCGUAGCAGCUCACAGUGUGACAGCCCUGUACCCGAGGAAGGACAGAUCACCUUCGAUGUGGAGAUGCACACGAGUAAAGACAGCUUCCAGUCAGAAGAGGAAGAUGGAGUUGUAGAGAAGGAUGAGGAAGCAUUGAAGAAAAGUGCAGACUGGGUAUCUGACUGGUCGAGUAGACCCGAAAAUAUCCCCCCUAAGGAGUUUCAUUUCCGCCACCCCAAGCGGUCUGUAUCUUUGAGCAUGAGGAAGACGGGAGCCAUGAAGAAAGGAGGCAUUUUCUCUGCAGAAUUCCUGAAGGUCUUCAUCCCUUCUCUAUUCAUCUCCCAUGUUCUGGCUCUGGGCCUGGGCAUCUACAUUGGGAAAAGACUGACCCUCCCAUCAACCAGUUCCUAUUGAUGGAGCAUGAUCUGGAAUUGAACCCAUGACCCUGUGAAGGUGUGUUCCUGUCACAUUUGUGCAUUUGAACUUUGCACCACGUUAAGCAUGAUUCAAAGCACCCUCUUCCCUUCACCCAUCUUUCAAACCUGGAAGCCCUUUCUAGCCAUCUCGUGGGUUUAAAGCAGUAAUCCCCAAUGUGAGGAACCUUACUCACCAAGCAGAGUACAAUACUUCUCUUCAGAGUCAGAAGCACAGCGUGUCCUGGAAUGGUUGAGUCCAUUGUCUGAAGGUGUCCAGCAACAUUCUCACUCUUGUUGUCUGUCUGAGGCCAGCAGUGCUCUCACUGUGGGAUAACCCAUAUAAGCAAUGAAGAACACCAGGGCAGGUGACCUGUGCAAACAGCAGUAGCUCCAGAUCUAUGACCGUCAACUUGAUGGCCCUGUCACCUUCUGCAGAGAAAGCCCAAAGAUACCUUCAUCAACCGAAGCGUUGCCCAGUCAUGCACCCUGCCCAGCCUGUGGCUCAUACAAGGUCUAGAGGUCUAUCACAAGAACAGCUCUGACUUCUAUUUGGACAUAAGGAUUAUAUUCCAGAAAUGCUGAGGGAUUUAAGAAUUUUCUCUUCUAGUUCCAUCUCAGGACUUCCACAGAAUAUUUCAUAAAGUGGGAAUUUGAGUCUUGAUGCUAAAAAAUAGUUUAGGAAAAAUGUUUUUGGAAGGUUGAACUAAAAUAAUUAGCCCACUGAUAUACACAUAUAUAAGAUGCUCUGUAUACACUUAAAUCUAACAUAGGCAAAAAGUAGUGUGAAAUGUACUGACUAUGAACAUCUCAUUUCUAAUAACACUUCUGUCCCUGGGGUUAGUACAUAGCUAGCGUAGUACUCAGACACUGCCUGCCCUAUAUCUAUAUAUAUAUAUAUAUAUAUAUAUAUAUAUAUAUAUAUAUAUAUAUAUAUAUAUAUAUAUAUAUAUAUAUAUAUACAGUGAUAUACACCACUACUUUGUGGAGAUUAGAAUACAUUUUGGGGGCUCAAAACUAAAAGAAAAAAUCCAACUGUUGGCUUUCCUGGUGUUUUCUGUUAAUACCAAAAAAGCCCAAAUUCUGAUUGUUGGCAAGAGUCCACAUACCGCAUUUGUGGACCUUUCACACCACUGGCACUUUAGCAAGUCCCCACUGACCGGAUACCUGAAUUAUGAUUACAUAGAGCACAGCUUCUAUCAUUUGCUGUCAACCAGGAUGUUUUCUGUAUAAGUUUACACACUGCUCCUUACCUAACAUGAGUUUCAGGGGGUAAUUCAGAGUUGAUCGCAGCAGCAAAUUUGUUAGCAAUUGGGUAAAACCAUGUGCACUGCAGGAGGGGGGGACACAGAUAUUACAUGUGCAGAGAGAGUUAGAUUUGGGUGGGCUUUUUUGUUUCUGUGCAGGAUAAAUACUGGCUGCUUUAUUUUUACACUGCAAUUUAGAUUUCAGUUUGAAAACAUCCCAUUGAAAUCUGUCUCUGCACAUGUUAUAUCUGCCCCCCCCUGCAGUGCACAUGGUUUUGCCCAUCUGCUAACAAAUUGGCUGCUACGAUCAGGUCUGAAUUAGGCCCUCAGUUUGUUUUCCCGCUCCGCGCUUCUCCGACAAAGGAUCCUGGACAGGACUCCAGAUCGUGGGCUGCACAGUUCCUCACUGGCUUUUCCUUACAUUGUAAGCUCUUGGACAGAGCAUUCCCCUGAUGUCUUCUCACAACCUGUUUCCUUGUCUCUCAUGUGCCUCUCUCCAGGAUGCGAGAAUAGUGAAUUUCAUCUUUUUAGUAUGUUUUAUGUAUCUGUUGUUGUCUUGAUGUAUAAUGUGAAUUUGUAUUACUAUAAUAUCCUGAGCCUUUUAAUGCUAGGACAUCCCCUUGUGAGGAUCAUAUCUUAUCAUUAUGACAGUGCUCUCCCAAGCUAAUUCCCAUAAAAGUACUAUAAAGGUAUCAAUGGAAGAUGUAAGGGAGACUGCGAACCACCUGAUAAGCUUUGAAGACCACCAGACCUACUCAGACAUUGUCACACAAGCCUGAAGAUGAUUACAUUAGCACUGACAUAGACUGGAGAAUAACAUGAGCAAAACAUCACGCAGUUGAGCCUUUAUUUGUAACUGUGCAUGAGCAAAACGUUCUAAAACCCACACGCCGCAUGCGUUACACAGAAAGGUGGCGGGAAAGUGAUGGUGUUCCUGGUGGCUAGUAGUGCAUGCAAAAAUGGUCCGUUCAGUGGGCGCAUUAUAGACGUGUCGGAGGCUUUUCAAUGCAAGCGGCUGCGUUCACUGACACAAGCGUAGGAGGCUGUGGUCAGACGGAGACACUUUUGAUGGUGCAACCGAUAAUGACGCGCAAGGAUGCACCAAUCGAUACUGCAGCAUGCACAGGAGCUAAAAGUGGGCGUCUCAGUCCCUGCACAUUCGGCUGCACGAAUGUACACAAGGGAACAGUUUAUAGGCCAUUUACAUAAAUUCACAGACCGUAGACCGCCAAUAAACCUUGCUGCGGCUGACUGCAUUGUGGAGUGUUGUUAAGCUACCUGUGCUGUCUAGGUGCUAGUUAUAUGGUGCUUUGAAAAAGUAUUCAUCCCCAAAACGUUUUUCAUUUUGCUGCAGAUUCUGUACUUGAAAUUAGAAUAUUUGGACACGGAUUUACAAAGUAUCAGCUACCAUGUAAGGUCAAAAUAUUCCAGAACCUUUCCAAAUUUAGAAAUAAUUACUUUAGUAUUUGUAUUGUAUAAGAAAAGUGACAUUUCCAGAGGUGCAGUACAUUAUCUCAAACGUCACAUGUGAGAUUCUUAAAGAAAGAUGGACUGAUUACACUUUUAAGGCACUGUAUAUAAAAUAAAACAAGUUCCGAGAACUAUAUACGUAGACUAUAAGUAGCGACCGGCGCAGCAGCCAGGGGAGAAGAUGUUAGUCUUAACAGACGCAGAGUUGAACAUACGCGGAGCAUAUCUUGCAUGAAUUUGCAGUGUACAUGCCCAGCAGUGGGAGCACACAAAAAUAGGUGGUGCAGAGCGGUAUUCAUUUCCAUCACACCUACACUUCUGACCAGUGAGUCAGAACUGGUUGUAAGGGGGCGCAUAGGCAGUGUUCAGUGAGGGCUGGUUCACGCUAACACUGGCUAUGCAGAGCCUAUUUGGAGGUGUACAUUUUGGUUUAGAGAAGGUGCAAGUGUGUACUGAUGAUGAUUAGGAGGGCAGAUGCGUAUAACUCACUAUGGGUUAAUAAAUGCGUUUUCCUGUGCAUGCCUUUCAGCAUUAUACACCUAAUUUAAUAAUGAUACUGUUUGAGGCCCAUUCUAUUUUAAACUGGAGACUGGUAAAAUUAUAAUAACCAUCAUCCAGUAGUGAGAUCUGGAGAUCUUAGCAGUGGACCACUAAACAAGGUGCAGUCCACCUCCAAACACCACCUCCCUUCCUUAUAACUGCUAAGGCGUUUGGGUGCAGCCCUGUCAUAAAGGUAAAUGGUUCUACAAAAUAUUCUAUAGUAUUUUUACUUUCAUACUAAUACAGCAAUUAGAAAUAAAGUUGCAAGAAACCGUAACCCUUUCACUGUAUUUUAUUUAGACUCUGGUUUAACAAAAGCUGGAACCCACUCUACAUGUAGGUCCAUGAUCCAGUGUUAUAUUUAUCAAUGCAUAUGUGUUACAAUUCCACAGGAAAUUGUACUCAUGUUUACAGGACUAGUGGAGUCAAAUCAAAAUGGCUGCUGUUAUGUUCUGGCCUCUGGCGAACGAAGCCCUAGAGUGCAGCAUUUACCACUCACAGUUGGGGUGAGGAGAAAGCGAGAGCUGAGGUUUAGAACUAGCAGCGUUCUCUUUUUAACAAAUUCAUGUUAGAGUGCAACUUACUGUGUUUGGAUAUGUUAAACUGCAUCGGUUGCCUACACAUAAUGGAGACAGACAUUUUUGAGGGCUUCACUAAUAUGGCUGACAUCCUGGAAAACACAUACUGCUUCAGUAGCAUCCAUUGAACUCCUAGGAUGCUUUCAUGUAUUAGUUCAGCCCCCAAAUUUACUGUGUCUCCAUUUUGUGCACUCCUCAGGGGCUCACAAGCCAAUGUGAUGAGGUGUGUAUUGAAGUUAACCUUUACACAACUAUACCCAGUUUCCAGGGAAAUGCCUAAAAUGUAGCUGUAAUUAUUUUGUAUCAUUAAAGCUCUCACUUUAA